GCGCUCGAGCAAUUCCGGCAUUCGACUUAGCAACCUUGAGCGAAGUUGAUCUUUGACAAUGUCUGGCCGAGGCAAGGGAGGCAAAGGUCUGGGGAAAGGCGGCGCCAAGCGGCACCGCAAAGUCCUCCGCGACAACAUCCAGGGCAUCACCAAGCCCGCCAUCCGCCGCCUGGCUCGCCGCGGCGGCGUCAAGCGCAUCUCGGGCCUCAUCUACGAGGAGACCCGCGGCGUUCUCAAGGUCUUCCUGGAGAACGUCAUCCGCGACGCCGUCACCUACACCGAGCACGCCAAGAGGAAGACCGUCACCGCCAUGGACGUGGUCUACGCCCUCAAGAGGCAAGGACGGCGGCUGCCCGCCCAAUUUCUGGAUCAUCGCUACAACGUUGACAAAAUGGCAAGAACCAAGCAGACUGCUCGUAAAUCCACCGGCGGCAAAGCCCCCAGGAAGCAGCUGGCCACCAAGGCCGCCCGCAAGAGCGCCCCGGCCACGGGCGGCGUCAAGAAGCCUCACCGCUACAGACCCGGCACGGUGGCCCUCCGCGAGAUCCGCCGCUACCAGAAGUCCACCGAGCUGCUCAUCCGCAAGCUUCCCUUCCAGCGUCUGGUCAGGGAGAUCGCCCAAGACUUCAAGACCGACCUGCGCUUCCAGAGCUCGGCCGUCAUGGCCCUGCAGGAGUCCAGCGAGGCGUACCUGGUCGGCCUGUUCGAGGACACCAACCUGUGCGCCAUCCACGCCAAGCGGGUCACCAUCAUGCCCAAAGACAUCCAGCUGGCCCGCAGGAUCCGCGGAGAAAGGGCUUAAGCGGCCGCCGCGCGACCACAACGGCUCUUUUAAGAGCCACCA